AUGUGGAGGACACUAUCAAGUGCACUUCGUUCGAAGAAAAAAAUUGUGCUUGUUGUUGCUUCAAGCGGUAUAGCUUCAUUGUUAUUACCAGGUGGACGAACUGCUCAUUCCAAGUUCAAAAUUCCUGUGCCAACACUUGACAACUCCACUUGCAAUAUUGACAAAAACACUGAACAUUCUCAAUUAUUCGAGGCAACGGACGUGAUAAUAUGGGAUGAAGCACCUAUGGCUCAUAAAAAUUGUUUUGAGGCAUUGGAUAGAACACUUAAAGACGUCAUGACCAAGAAGGGUCUUGGGAAUAAAAUCUUCGGCGGCAAAGUUGUUGUUUUUGGAGGAGACUUCAGACAGAUUCUUCCAGUUGUUCCGAGAGCAGGGCGUUCUGAUAUUGUUCAUGCAUCCAUAUGCUCCUCUUAUAUCUGGGACUAUUGUCAGGUUCUAACACUGACAAAAAACAUGAGACUUCAGCAGGGAAGCGAUAAUACCAGUUCUAAGGAAUUAGCGGAGUUCUCAAAAUGGAUUUUAAAUGUCGGUGAUGAUCCUAUCAAAGCUAUUGUUGAAAAUACAUAUCCCGAUUUGGUUAAUGUAUUCCAAGAUGUUGCAUAUCUACAUGGAAAAGCAAUUCUUGCCUCAACCAUUGAAGUUGUGGAUAAGAUCAAUCAUUAUGUAUUGGACCUUAUACCAGGAGAAGAGAAAAAGUAUCUUAGUUACGAUUCAAUUGAUAGAACUGAUACGAGUUAUACCGAAGCUUAUGAAGUGCUAACUCCAGAAUUUCUUAGCAAAUUAAGAACAUCAGGUUUACCAAAUCAUAGAAUCAAAUUGAAAGUUGGUACUCCCAUUAUGCUCAUGAGAAAUUUGGACCAAUCAGAUGGAUUGUGUAAUGGAACAAGAUUGAUUGUCACAAGAUUGGCCAAUCAUGUCAUUGAGGCAAAAAUUAUUUCUGGCAAGAACAUAAGUAACCUUUUUUACAUUCCUCGAAUGUCUAUGUCCCCUUCAGAGUAA